UUGCUUGGGAUCGCGCGCGACGGUCCUGAUCAAGCCCGCCGUCUCCUUCAUCGAUCAACCUGCUCCAUCGGAACUUGUCAACUGUGUGACGUACUGCUACUCUCGCCUUCCUCCGCUCUUUUUGUUCAGCGUGGUCGAGUAUAAAUCUGGGUGUGCUCUCGACCGGUUUCUGACACGCCGGCGACGACACAGAAAAGGCUCCAAGGAACACCGGUCCCUCUCUCCUGGGUGCGCCGCGCCGCGCGCGCGCGGGCGACCUGAUGCUGCCAUCCAGGCCGAGAUCGGGGUCGUGGGGAGGUGGGACUCUCACUCCGACUCCUCCGGCUUCCAUUUCCCAGGCGACUCCUCGGCACGAGCGCAGCAGCGUGGCAGCGGCGGUGGCGACAUGACCAUGGCGACGGAGCAGACAGAGACGACGAUGCUGGAGUCGCUGAUCCGCCAGACCAGGGAGCUGGAGCAGGCCAAGGUCGCGCUCGAGGAGGCCAGGCUCGAGCUCGCCACGCUGCGAGGGCAGCAAGGCGCGCCGGCCGCCGCCAACGGGCCCGCGUGGAGCGUCAUGGACCUCAUGUUCGGCGGCGUCGACGAGGAGAUCAACGGGCUGCGGGCCAGGCUCCGGGCGGCGGUGCUCGCCGAGGACAAGAAUAGAAAGGCCGCGGACGACCUCGCCGCCGCGCUGUCCGCCGUCACCAUGGAGGCCAAGCAGGUCAAGGCGUGGCUCUCCGACGCGCAGGCCGACCUGGAGCGCGCCGACGCCGAGGCCGGCCGGCUCGAGUCGCUGCUGCGCGCCACCGAGGCGGAGCUGCGGUCCGCCACCGACCAGCUCGACGCCAUCACGUCCGAGUGGAAGGAGGCAGCGGACGCGUGGCGCGGGCGGGAGAAGGCGCUGCUCGCGCGCGCCCGCGCGGCGGAGGACGACGCGGACGGGGCCCGGCGGGAGAACGCCGAGCUCGCCGGGCUGCACCGGGCGACCGACGGCGAGAACGGCGCCCUGCGGCGCGCGCUGGAGCGGGCCGUGGAGGAGGCCAACGCGGCCAGCGAGUCGCUCGAGUUCGCCACCGGCGAGAACUCGAGGCUGCGCGACGCCCUCGCCGAGAAGGAUAACGCCGUGGAGUCCCUCAGGCAGGAGAACGAGGCCCUAAAGGCUAGCGAGGCCGCGGCGCAGGGGCGCGCCAAGGACCUCGACGACCAGCUCGCGGCUGCAACCAAAAAAGCCACCACCACCGAUCGUGCCGCGGAGCUGCCGCUGGAGAAGUGGAGAAAUGAAGCUCAGGGCAAGCUCAGCGCGGCGUUCCUGGCGGACUCCGGCAGGGUGCUGGCCACGAGCCGGAAGGACCGCAUGUUCGCGUCCAUCAGCAACAUCGCGGAGCUCAGGUCCGCGGCGGCUGCGGCGGCCAUGGACGACUACGACUACGAGUUCGAUCACUUCGACGACGGGCGGCAGUACGGCGGCCUGGAGCACGCCAUGAAGCACAGGAAGAGGAGGUCCGUUCUGAGGAAGUUCGGGGACUUCUUCAGGAGGAGAAGUUUUCACAAGUCUGAAUUUGUGCCGGUGCCGCACUACACUACAGUAGCUACCAAGGAUCUUACUAGAUAGAUACUAUUUGCGUGAUGCUUGCGUUGUGUGCUCGCUUGAUACUACAAAAUGCACACAUAAUAAAAAUGACUUGUAUAUUA